UCUCUCUCUCUCUCUCUCUCUUUGGGUUAUUUCGUAAAUUAAAGAUUACCGUCCUCUUUAAUCUCUCUUUCCUUCUCCUUUUCUCUUUCUACAUUUCAUUUCAUCCACCCAAAGGGCCAAAGCCUCUCCCUUUCUCUCAACCCCAUUGCUCUCAGUGGGUUUUGUUUUGUUUUGUUUUCUCACCUAUUUAUUUUUCUUCAGAGAAAUAAAGAGAAGAGAGGUCUUUUCAUCAUCUACCCGGAAUCUCCGGGCUUCUUCUUUGGUUUUCUGCACCAUAUUCUUUACAUAGAUCGGUUUCUUCAUCUGGGUCUGCCAAGGUGCACAUAACGUAUUGUUUGUACUGAAGAUAUCUUCAAGUCUUUACAUAUAUUUUACAAGGAGAUUCAUAUUAGCCCUAAUGCAAGGGCAGAGGGGUACUAUUGGUUCCUUGCCUGAAAUGCUAGAUUUUGACCAUGGAAGUACAUCAAGUGAUGCUAUAGAUCAGCAGAUUUGCUGGAAUAGCACACGGAAUCCUGCAGAAAAUCGGAUGCCAGACUAUGUUCAAUCGUCCAGUGAUAUGAAUGUCGGGUUUGUGAAUUCUAUGGGACAUGAACGACAGCACUUGAGCAGAUGGUGCUUAGGCGAACCUAGUUCUAGCAACUCACAGACUGAGGUAAGUCGUGAUGAGCGGAAACCAGAACUUGGAUGGUCUUCUUCAGUGGAUCCUAGUGCUGAAGCUGCUUCAAGGUUAGAGGAGCGGCGUUAUGAACCAACUAAUAACCUUUCACUGGACAACAAUGUGAAUACUAUUUUUACACAAAGUUCCAGUUCUGAUGCAAUUCCACAGAAUCUGAACUUGAAUGCAGGUUUUGCGAGUCAUGGUGGUGAUAAUAGUCAAGUCAUGGAAUGUCCGAAUACGUACAAGUAUAAUGUAUCUGAAAAUGAGCGAAUUCGACCUCCUAGUAGUUCUGAUCCUUUUAUGCUUCCUUCUGGAAGUGCUGGAUUUUUAGUUGGAGAGAAUGAUGGCAGACCAGGUUGUUCAUUGGAGGGUCGUCGUGUAUCUUGUAAAAGAAAGGCUAUUGAGGGAAAUAUAGGACAGUCUUCUGUAAGUGGAAGUUGUAGUUACUUUCAGCAUACAGAAAGUGGUGGAAGGCCUUCUAUUCCUGCUCACUAUAAUGCAGGCGGCAGCCUAAGCAUAUCUGCCCCCUCAGAACAGGGGAAUCCAAGACUUGGGGCAGGAGGGAGAGAGCUCACUUCUGACAGCCUUCCUGAUUCAAAUGCUGGAAGAAGUUCAGAAGGCUCUCAUAGGAACUUCCGUGUGAGAAUCAAUCCUUCAAAUCAACAAAAUUCUAUAGCCUCUGCUAGGUUCUCAACAGGGAGGGCUGUUAGGCAUUCUGGUGUCUCAUCUUCCCAGCAUUCACCAAGUCUUCUUCCAGUUGAUCAUAAUAUGGACCUGAGACCAGCACCAGCACUAGAUAAUAUGAGUUCACAGAACCAGCCAGUUGUCAUCCAUGUUCCUGCUUUGCCACAAAAUGUGCAAUCAUUAAGAUGGAGUGGAGGAGGUUCUAGCUCAAGAACUGGCAGCUUAUCCAAUUCUGUGGUUUUUGGAGACAGGGAUGCUCCACCGCGUGAAGAAGUGAACUCAAGAAGCAUGGCAAGACACAUUUUGGAUCAUCCUAUUUUUGUACCAGCAACUGAAUUGAGAAAUUCCGCUCGGCACCCUGCGGGUGCAUCCAAUAGAAAUUUAACCGGUGGAAAUGCAAGUAUUCCUGGAAAUGUUGCUUCUGCAUCCCGGACUGGCUCAAGUUCAAGUGUUCAUCCAGCAUCUGCACCUACGUGGGUUCCUCAUCACAAUUCGCAUCCGCAAUUUCCUCGAAGAUUAUCUGAAUAUGUUCGUCGAUCAUUGUUUUCUGCUACUGGUAAUGAAUCUGGGAGCCAGGGCACCAAUUAUUUGCCACUGCGUUCGGCUCCUGCAUCAUCAGCAGAGAUAGGUAAUUCAUCUGGUGCUGGUAACCAGGGUCAUCAUCAUUCUCACCCAAGGUCAGCAUCUUGGAUGGAGAGACAUGGUGAUGGUGGACUUGGGGUUCCCUAUUCGUUACGGACUUUGGCUGGUGCUGGCGAAGGAAGUAACAGGCUUGUAUCUGAGCAAAUUUGCAAUGUCUUGGGUCUCAUGCGUAGGGGCGAGAGCUUGCGAUUUGAGGAUGUUAUGAUUCUUGACCAGUCAGUUCUUUUUGGGGUGGCUGAUAUUCACGACCGGCAUAGGGAUAUGCGACUUGAUGUUGAUAAUAUGUCUUACGAGGAGUUAUUGGCUCUGGAAGAGCGCAUCGGAAAUGUGAGCACGGGAUUAAGUGAAGAAACCAUAUCAUUUCGCUUGAAACAUAAGAAGUAUAUUGCAGUAGGAUCUCAGGCAGAGACAGAGCCAUGUUGUGUAUGUCAGGAGGAAUAUAAUGAUGGAGAAGAUCUUGGAAUGCUUGAAUGUGGACAUGAUUUCCACAGCGACUGCAUAAAACAAUGGCUGAAGCACAAGAAUUUGUGCCCCAUUUGUAAAACUACAGCCCUCGCAACAUGAGUCGAUGACAUCAAUGUUUUUGCAGGCUAGUUUUUCAAAUUAGGUUAAAGAGGGUUGCUUACGGAAUCGGGCUGCCUAUAUGUUGGCUCACCGAGACCCAAUGCCUCAAUGCCUCCCCUUUCCGUGGUUGUCAAAUUGAAGUUAGUCCAAAGAACUACUUCACCAAGAGUCGAAGCGGAAAAUUACUAUUAUUAUUAUUUUUUAUUUAAAACCAGGCCUCUUAUUGGAGGCAGCAAAUUUCAAAGUUGGAAAAGCAAAACUGGCACUGACUUUUCAUUUUAUCAAUGAAUGAUUAGGUUUUUAUGUUUUGUAA